GCUGCGCCUCUCGGAGCGCAAUAUGAAGGUGCUCUUCGCCGCCGCCCUCAUCGUGGGCUCCGUUGUCUUCCUUUUGCUGCCUGGACCCUCCGUGGCCAACGAUAAGAAGAAGGGACCUAAAGUCACAGUCAAGGUAUACUUUGAUUUCCAAAUUGGAGACGAACCUGUAGGACGAGUGACCUUUGGACUCUUUGGAAAGACUGUUCCAAAAACAGUGGAUAAUUUUGUAGCCUUAGCUACAGGAGAGAAAGGAUUUGGCUAUAAGAACAGCAAGUUCCAUCGUGUCAUCAAGGACUUCAUGAUCCAGGGUGGAGACUUCACCAGGGGAGAUGGCACAGGAGGAAAGAGCAUCUAUGGUGAGCGCUUCCCAGAUGAGAACUUCAAGCUGAAGCACUAUGGGCCCGGAUGGGUGAGCAUGGCCAAUGCAGGCAAAGACACCAAUGGCUCCCAGUUCUUCAUAACUACAGUCAAGACCUCCUGGCUAGACGGCAAGCACGUGGUUUUCGGCAAAGUUCUGGAAGGCAUGGAUGUGGUACGGAAGGUGGAGAACACCAAGACGGACAGCCGGGACAAGCCCCUGAAGGAUGUGAUCAUUGUAGACUGUGGCAAGAUCGAAGUGGAGAAACCCUUUGCCAUUGCCAAGGAGUAGAGAGAGCCUCGGGGACCUCAUCCCUCUAAACAGCUGUCUGUGCGGGUCCUGUCGAUUCCCUCACAGGUGAAAGCAGCCAGUCACAAGGCUCUGUGCGGCUCUGGCUCCAGUGCUUCCAUCCGACGGGGUGGCCACACCCCUCACAUUCCACAGGCCUGAUUUUUAUAUAAAACUCCUACCAAUGCUGAU